GGGUGGGAGGGGUUGUGGGGUGUUUUGGGGGUGGGGGGGUAAAGUUGGACCUACAGACUGGAUGAGGUUUGCGGUCAGUGUUCAGACACCAUGGCUCAGCUGGUGGAGUGUGUCCCCAACUUCUCUGAGGGUCGAGACAAAGAGGUGAUCGAUGCCAUCUCGGCAGCCAUCUCCAGCACCUCGGGCUGCAGCCUGCUGGACGUCGACCCCGGGGCCUCCACCAACCGGACCGUCUACACCUUCGUGGGCUCUCCUGAGGCGGUGGUGGAGGGAGCGCUGAACGCCGCCCGCCAGGCCUUCAGCCUCAUCGACAUGAGCAAACACUCAGGUGAGCACCCUCGCACCGGAGCGCUGGACGUCUGUCCCUUCAUUCCAGUCCAGAACGUCACCAUGGACGACUGUGUCCGCUGCGCCAACGUCUUCGGACAGAGACUGGCGGACAUGUUGCAUGUUCCCGUUUAUCUUUACGGAGAGGCAGCGCGAAAAGAGACGAGGAAGAGUCUUCCAUCUGUGAGGGCCGGAGAGUACGAAGCUUUACCUGAGAAGCUGAAACGUGACGGCUGGGCCCCUGACUUCGGCCCCGCCGUCUUUGUGCCGUCGUGGGGCGCCACGGUCACCGGUGCUCGCAAGUUCCUCAUCGCCUACAAUGUGAACCUGAUCGCCACCAAAGAACAGGCCCAUCGCAUUGCUCUGGACGUCAGGGAGCAGGGCCGAGGGAAAGACCAGCCUGGGCUGCUGAAGAAGGUGCAGGGAAUGGGCUGGUACCUGGACGAGGCCAACAUCGCUCAGGUGUCCACCAACAUCCUGGACUACGAGCUGACCCCCCUCCACACCGUGUACCAGGAGAUCUGCAGGGAUGCUGAGGACCUGAACCUGCCGGUGGUCGGCUCCCAGAUCGUCGGUCUGAUCCCUCUGAAGGCUCUGCUGGACUCUGCAGACUUCUACAUCAAGAGAGACCGACUCUUCAUCAUCGAAGAGGAGCACAAAGUCCGGCUGGUGAUCAGUAAACUGGGCCUGGACUCUCUCGGUCCGUUCAACCCAAAGGAGAGGAUCAUUGAGUACAUGGUGAGGUCAGAGGACGACAGACGUCUGGUGUCUCUGUCGCUGCAGCAGUUCGUUCAGAGCGUCGGAGCUCGGACGCCGGCUCCCGGUGGAGGAUCCGUUUCUGCCGCCAUCGCUGCUCUGGGGGCAGCGCUGGGCGCCAUGGUCGGUCAGAUGACGUACGGGAAGAGGCAGUUUGAGAACCUGGACGGCGUGAUGAGGAGGCUGAUUCCUCCGUUUCACCAGGCCAUGAACGAGCUGCUGCUCAUGGUCGACGCCGACUCCACGGCCUUCAACAGCUACAUGGCGGCGCUGAAGAUGCCAAAGACGACAGCAGACGAGGUUCACAGGAGAGAGGCUGCCAUGCAGGACGGUCUGCAGAGAGCCGUCGGCGUCCCGCUGUCUCUGGCCGAGAGGAUCAACGUCCUCUGGCCUCAUCUCAAAGACAUGGUCGUCUACGGAAACAUCGCGUGCAAGUCUGACGCUCAGGUGGCAGCUAAAGCUCUGGAGGCCGCCGUGUUCGGAGCGUACUUCAACGUGGUGAUCAACCUCAGAGACAUCACAGACGCCGGCUUCACAGUGGCUACUCAGAGGAGAGCGGCGGCGCUGCUGCAGGAGGCGAAGGACGCCGCCGCCGCGGUCCUCCAGGCCGCCGAGGACAGACACUGAACUGAUCUAACUAACUAAACCAUAACUAAUCCUAACCCACCAGGUUAAACUCUGGAUUUACCUGAACCUGAGUCUGAAGUGUUUUCAUGUUGCUGAUGUUGUUGGACUCCUGGAAAUAAAAAGAAAAAUAUAAA